CUGCAGAGAAAAGCCCCGUGUGACCCGGACAUGCAACCGGGGACUGUUUUCUGACUGCAGCAGCCUCUUUCCUGUAGCCCGGUUGAGGAAGUGAAUAUCGCUGACAGGGCUGGGUUCAGUGAGGGAGAGGCGAACAAAACAUCUUCCGCGGGGGACUAAAAAACAACUAAAUAACAAGAGACAAGCGGAGCGAUUUGUUAAACCAUAGUAAAGCUAAGUUGUGCUGGUGAAAUCGUGCUCCCCUGCCCCGCUGAGGCCGCCGCAGACAUGAAUGACCAGCAGCUGGACUGUGCCCUGGACCUGAUGAGGCGUCUGCCUCCUCAACAGAUCGAGAAGAACCUCAGUGACCUCAUUGACCUGGUGCCUAGUCUGUGUGAGGACCUCCUCUCCUCUGUGGACCAGCCCCUGAAGAUUGCCCGGGACAAGGUGGUGGGGAAAGACUAUCUGCUCUGUGAUUACAACCGAGACGGCGACUCCUACAGAUCCCCGUGGAGUAAUAAGUAUGAACCUCCCAUUGAAGAUGGUGCAAUGCCUUCAGCUCGCCUGAGGAAACUUGAGGUUGAAGCCAAUAACGCCUUUGACCAGUACAGAGACCUGUACUUUGAGGGUGGCGUGUCCUCUGUGUACCUCUGGGACUUGGAUCAUGGCUUUGCUGGAGUUAUUCUCAUCAAAAAGGCCGGGGAUGGGUCCAAGAAAAUCAAAGGGUGCUGGGACUCCAUCCAUGUGGUGGAGGUGCAGGAGAAGUCCAGCGGUCGUACUGCUCACUACAAACUCACCUCCACCGUCAUGCUGUGGCUCCAGACAACCAAGACCGGCUCCGGCACCAUGAACCUGGGCGGCAGCCUUACGAGACAGAUGGAAAAAGAUGAGACAGUUGGAGAGUCCUCCCCCCACAUCGCCAACAUCGGCCGCCUUGUCGAAGAUAUGGAGAACAAGAUUCGCUCCACGCUGAAUGAAAUCUACUUUGGGAAGACCAAGGACAUCGUCAACGGCCUAAGAUCUAUUGAGUCUUUGCCUGAUAACCAAAAAUACCGACAGCUCCAAAAGGAGCUGUCGCAGGUUCUCACCCAACGUCAGAUCUUCAUUGACUAGGGUCAGAGGAGUGUUCAGACUCUGGCUGACAAGUCAAAGCAGGAGGCUCUGAAGGUCGACCUGAUGGAGGCACUCAAACGCAAACAAAACAGCUAGAGUUGUUACUGUUUUUUUCUUUUCUGUCUCUCACUCUUUCCGCCUCAUCUCCUCCAUCUUCUCUCUGUUUGUUUACGUCUCUCCCUCUACACCUGUUUCAGUGCUGCACUCUUGUUUAUUUGUGGAAUAACAAAAAAGGAGAAAAUGCUUAGCUUUUAAUUUUUUUUUUUUCUGUCUAUCUUUUUUUCAUGCAUCUUAUUUGCCAUGAAGCCAUUCACUCACGCUCCUUCUGUCUCACUUCUCCCCUAUCUUCUCUCCAAUGUAAUAAAUAUAAUGAUAGUAUUACCACGGUUAAUGAUAAUCUUACAGUGUGUGGGUCAUCGUAGUAAUAAUCCCUGAUGUUCUCACAGCUAAUGUCUCUUCGGUCAGUUGAAAACAAGCGAUUUUGGCCCAGCUCUUCCUCGGUGGGGAGGAAACGGGCACAGACUGCUCUAGGUGAUGUAGGCUCGAUGGGGCGGUCAUUAUUGUGUUCAUCAAAUUUAUUUUAAUCAACUACUUUUGUCUAUGACACCACUCCCCCACCCCCCGAUAUAUUUGUAUAAAAUUAUUACUGUUGGUAUAUAACUGUCAUUCUUCUGGGUAAAUGGUGUGAACAGCAGGGUGGCCUUCGGUUUGUGUUAGGUUUUACACUUUAUUCCACUCUGUCCUCAGGCAUGUAAGCCUGUGUGGGGAUGAGUGGAAUGUAGACUUAUCAAACACAUGGGGAUGGAUUGUUAUAAUAAUCACCGGGUGAUUACACCCAUGUAGUCAAACCCCACCCGCCCAUCCCCCUCGCACACACACACACACACACACACACACACACACACACACACACACAGUAUAACAUGACAGUUUGCCUCCCCUCUGUUCAGCUUAUUAAACUUGUCUCUCUCCUCACCUACCAUGUCUUUGUUGGGGGUCACAGUUUGUCUUUGUGUCUCAGUGGAAACAUUUGACUGUUUCCAUUUUGGAGGGGAAUCUUUUUGGUUGUAUUUUUGUUUUUUGUAAAGCUUAUGAUUCAUAUUGUAUUAGAGCCUCCAGCAACAAUAAAAACAGUAAAAAGCUG